UUCACCACAACAGCCAAACAUGGGUUUGUGUAGCUGAAAAUUCACACUGCUGCACUUUACUCUCGCAAACAGUCAGACAUAGCCAGCUACUUCAUCUUCAACAAAACCAUCAUUUUAAUGGGGUUUAUGUGAAACAUUUCUUUUUAUAAACGUUUCUUGGUUUUCUUUCAAAAUGCCUGAGUUAAUAUCGGUGGAUGAGUUUAUUACGGAGACUUUGGAGGACUACAGCUCUCCAACCACCUCUUCCUUCUACACCAAAAUGACAAGUUGCAGAAAUACCGCCAACAAUAUCGAGGAGGCCUUGGACUCUGACCGUACAAUAUUGCAGAAAAUGAAGAAAGCAGCCAAAGCAAAGAAUAUAUCUGGACAAGACCACAUAUCACAUUUGGAGUCAUACAUCAAUUCCAUGGAGAAGUUGGCUGUGAAUUUCCGCAGCAAUGGAGAACCGGAAGUGGCCUCUGCCUUUAAUAAAUUCGCAGAAUUCUCCAAAGAACUGCUGACGCCAAUGAAGAACUUGUUGAAGAGCAUGUUGCACAACAUCAACUUUUUCCUGGACUCGCUGGUAAAAGGGGAUCUAAAAGAGGUCAAAGGUGACCUGAAAAAACCAUUUGAAAAGGCGUGGAGGGAUUAUGAAAAUAAAUUCACUAAAAUUGAGAAGGAGAAGAGGGAGUUGGCUAAGCAGUAUGGUAUGGUGCGAACGGAGGUGAGCGGAGGAGAGAUUGCAGAAGAUAUGGAGAAAGAGCGCAGGAUGUUCCAGCUACAGAUGUGUGAAUAUCUCAUCAAAGUUAACGAAAUCAAGAGCAAGAAAGGAGUAGACCUGCUCCAGAACCUCAUCAAACACUAUCACUCUCAAUGCAAUUUCUUUCAGGAGUGUCUGGCUGCAACGGAAAAGCUCAAGCAGUACAUUGAUGCCCUGACAGAACAGCUCAGUGCUAUCAAACACAAGCAGGAUGAGGAGAAGAGACAACUCUGUUCUCUCCGAGACCAGCUCAAACCAGCUCUGCAGCCCGAACUGAAAGAGGAUUCUCUAAGCAGGCAGACAGUAUACAGCUUGCAUCAGCUUCAAGGCAACAAGCAAUAUGGGACUGAGAAAUCAGGCUACCUCUACAAGAGAAGCGAUGGAUUGAGGAAGAUGUGGCAGAAGAGGAAGUGUACCGUGCAGAACUGCUAUCUUACCAUCGCUCAUGGAACUCCCAAUAAAGCACCAGCUAAACUGAACCUGCUCACCUGCCAAGUCAAACCCAGUCUGGAAGACAAGAAAUGCUUCGACCUCAUUUCACAUAAUCGCACUUACCAUUUUCUGGCUGAUGAUGAGUCUGAUUGUGUGGCGUGGAUAUCAGUGCUGACCAACAGUAAGCAGGAGGCUCUGAAUGUGGCUCUGGAUGAGCGGAGGACAAGUGGAGAGAACAGUGUGGAGGAUCUCACAAGAGCCAUUACUGAGGAUAUCCGUCGCAUGCCUGGCAACAACAUUUGCUGUGACUGUGGAGCACCAGAUCCGUCUUGGAUCUCUGUAAACCUGGGAAUACUGACGUGUAUAGAGUGCUCAGGUAUCCAUCGGGAGAUGGGUGUACACUAUUCACGUAUUCAGUCACUUUCUCUGGACAAACUGGCCACUUCGGAGUUGCUGUUGGCGAAAAACGUGGGGAAUUCAGGUUUUAAUGAAAUCGUGGAGGCCAAUCUCCCCAGUCCCUCUGUGAAGCCGUCAGCAGAGAGUGACAUGACAAUACGUAAGGACUUCAUACUCUCAAAGUAUACGGAGUGGCAGUUUGCUCACCGUAGUAGCGGCUCGCCAGAAACAAAGCGCAAAUAUCUGCAGGAUGCUGUACGCAGUCGGGACAUUUUCAGCCUGUUACAACUAUACUCUGAGAGGAUGGACCUCAGCCUGACUCUGCCCUGCCCCCUACAGGAAAAGGGGGAAACUGCACUACACCUAGCUGUCCUAUUGGCUGACAGGACAUCACUGCAUGUGGCUGACUUCCUGUUCCACAACUGUAAUAAUGUGGACGCGCAGACUGCGAAAGGGAACACAGCUUUGCAUUACUGUUGUCUGCACAAUAAGACUGAGUGCCUUAAACUUCUGCUCAGAGCCAAGGCCAACACACAUAUCAAGAAUGACAAUGGAGAGACGGGACUAGACAUGGCUCGCAGACUGAAACAUACGCUGUGUGAGGAGCUGAUCCACCAAUCUCAAAACAACCAGUUCAACAUGCAUGUGCACGUGGAAUAUGAGUGGAGACUACGGCAGGAUGACCUUUAUGAAAGUGAUGACGACCUGGAUGACAAGCUCGGUCCGGUGAAGAAGGAGCGUUUAGGACGGCCGUUUAGCCUGUAUCACAGUAACUCCGUCUCUCAGGGUGGAGGAGGAGGUGCUGGAGGGGGGCUGUUCAAUGUGGGUCGGAGGCUGGCAAUGGCCCGGGGGGAAAACCGCAGGGAGGUGUAUGCCAGUCCCAGCUCUCAGACAAGGAGUCUGGACAGUCCACCUCCACCACCCCCUUCAUCGCCCGCACCACCACUUCCACCCAGAGUCAAAGCUCCAAACGUCCCUCCUCCUCCACCUCCUAUGAGCUCACCUGAUGGCUUGACAUCCCAUGAAGUGAGCAGCAUUAAGAAACGAACCCCUCCUCCCCCCCUUAUCAUCCGUCACAAGCGCACCUACUCUGAGCCCGCCCCUCAGGUAUCUCCCAGCCCCCACUCUACACGGCAAGGACAAACAGAUUAUGGUGUGCCUGCAGGUCAGAGAAGCUUCGGUGGUCCAGACUCACCUUUCCAGAAGUGUUUCUCAGGGUCUCCCAAAUACGGCAUGUCCACUCUAAACUCUUUAUCUGAGCUGCCAGAACGAGGAGGAUUUCAAGCGGAUGGGGAGAGCAGCUCGUCUUACUUCCUGUACCAAACACCACAGCCUGUCAGCAGUGCUGGGCGGCACACCCCUGCCCGCUCCCCAACCUCCCCACGCUCGUUCAGCCUGGAGGCUAACGGAAGCUCCUCUUCAUCUUGCUAUGCUGUUCCUCAUCCACUGCCCAGAAAAACUCUGAUGAAGUUGAAGCUGAGGCGUGUUAAAGCCAUGUAUGACUGUGUGGCUGAUCAUCACGAUGAGCUCACCUUUAAUGAAGGCGAAGUUCUGGUGGUACUUAGGGAGGAAGAUGCUGAUUGGUGGCACGGCUACAUCGAGGGACAGCCAGACAAAACUGGCUUAUUUCCAGUAUCAUUUGUCUCUUUGCUCUCUGAUUGAGGCCGACCAAAGAAACUGAAAUCAUACCACGGUCGACUAUACUGCCAAAACACCCUGGGAAAAUGGGAUUUGAAGUCUACCCACAGAACCAGCGGUAAUGAAUAAUCAGCAUAACAAAGCAGCGGCCACCGGCCUUUCAAGAGCACUGAGGGAGAUUUGCAAUGUGGAACAAGUUGUGCUGUGCACAAAACUUUUCAUAGUUUGUGGUUGUUCAGGCCCCUCAAACAUGAGAAUCAUGCCUCAUGCCAUCCUCUGAGGAUAUUAAAUAGACAGCCCAGCCUAACUGAACCCUCCCAGAGUCCUAUUUAUCAUGAUCCUACUCUCCUAAAAACUAUGUUGAAAUAAAGACAGCAUGAGAAGCAUGCCAUCUGUGUUUAGUUCAACUGAAAUGUGAAUGAUCAUUUGUGAUCCACAGAAUUGUAUUGAGAAUAUAAAUAGGUAUUUUUUUUAAAUACCUUCCUUAAAAUUGCAAUGCUAAGUUUGUGUAGUUAUUCAAAUAAGAAAUGGUUACAAUAAGAACGUCAUUAAAGCACAACUCUCUGCAACAGGGUUAAUUAGUAAAUGUAAUUUAUUUUGAAAACAAAUGAAGAACGAAUGAAUGAAUCAGGGGCGUAGAUUCUGAGGGGAUGGGGUAAAGGUAACCCAAUAAUCAAGACUACCCAGUACAAUGAAAUUGAAAUUGAAAUGCAUAAUAUAUAUAUAUAUAUAUAUAUAUAUUUUUUUAAAGAUAAAAAUAGGCAUUUAAAAUAGCCAUUUUUUUUGUGCAUGCCUUGGUCAUAUUUUACUCCAAAAUUAAAAUAAAAAAUUAGAAACCAUAUUUUGUUAAAAAAAAAAAAAAAAGAAAGAAAAAUCACAUUUCACUCACAAUUCUCAUUAGAUUUUAUCACUUCUCAUUAUACUCAUUACUAUUAAACAUAUUUGUUACUCUAUCACUGAAAUACAGUCCAAUUAUUUGUUUUUAAAUUUUUUUUUAAAACAGAAUGUUUUCGAAUAAACAAAGUAUAAUUAACAUACUUUACAAUUUACUAUAUACAUAUAUAUAUAUAUAUAUAUAUAUAUAUAUAUAUAUAUAUAUAUAUAGUAUAUUACACACAGUCAUUUUAAGUUUUGUGUUAAAUUACAGCAAUGCAUACAACUGUUUUUUUUUUUUGUUUUUUUUUACAUUAUAGUGAUGAGAAUUUUGGGGGAAAAUAUUAAAUUAUUAAUGGUAAUAAAACUAGCCUUCAUUUCAGUAUGCAAAAAAUAAUUUGUCCUUUCUUUUGUAUUUGGGGUACAAUAGGACCUGGACAUGUUCUAUGUGGUAUCGUGAGAUUCACUCGUUUAUGGCUUGUUUCUCUUAUUUCAGAGUCAUAAUGAAAUAAUGAUCAAAUAAAUGGUGAAGUAAGUGGUUUAUUGAAGACACAGACCACAGGUUCUCACAAGACAUGCAUACUAUGAAGCCACACAAUUUGCCCAUUACAACAGGAUAAAAAUAUCACAUUCAGCUGGACAGUCUUUUAACAUGUAUACUUUACCUUCCUUAAAGUGCUUAGAGAAUAGAGAACUACUAGUUUGUUGUGGCAGAUGUUUCUCAAACCAUGUGAAACCCAGGGAAAAUGAAAUCUGUGGUCACAUUUUGAGUUUGUGUGAUGUAAACAAAACAAUAAAAAAGUAAUUUGGCCACAGCUUUUGUUGAACGUCAGUGCUCAAUAUUCUGGACUCUUAAAUAAUACGUCCAUUUUAAGUGGUGUUCUAUUUUUCUACUUGCAUUAGAGUACCAUAUAUAUGUAUAUACCUUAAUGUAUUAAAAGUUGAAUAUGUAAUGUUUCAGCUUUUCCUUCAAAAAGAAAAGAUUUGAUGAACUUGAAUGGAAAUUAGAGUAUUGAGAUAUAUUAAAUUGUCUCUCCAUUAAAGCUACAGUACACUAUGUAACUUUUUUUGAUAAAAAAUAAAAUGUUAUUAAUGAGAGAGUGCUACAAAAAUCCAUCUUCCAAACCAUGUCUUCACUUUACCCAAAUACACUUUGAUAAACUUAUAAUAAUGAUUUAUAUUUUAGAGCUGUCAGGACGGAUUUCGCGGGACAUUGCAUACAUACGUCAUUCGCCCGUACGUGUUGAUGUCAUAUCCGUACACAGAGAAAAUAAGCUCCGGCUACUGAAGCGCGUGUAUGGGGUGGGAGUAGCUAAAGCUGAAAGUUUGUUGUCACAACAAACAAUAAAAACUAACCAUGGAUCAUUCAAAACGACAAACCUCCAGGGAAUCAUCGGUUGUAAAAACAAAGAAACCACGAACAGAGCAGAGUCUACAAGCAAAAAGAGAAAGCGACAGAGUCCGUAAUAAAACCCGAAUCAACAUCGGCUUGGCUUUUUAGAUGUGGCGACAACUCCGAGAUCUGAGAGGAUUUAAAAUGGCUUUUUUCUUACUCAACAGGUAAGAUAUUUUAUUUAUAUGGUUUAUGUAUAGUUGUGUAAUCACACACACGUCUGUGCAAAUACAGUAAUUAUACUGUAAUCGGUGCAGAAUUUUCACUUGCUAGCACGUGUGUAUUUUUCUUUAUAACGUCAAUAAUUUAAUAAUUUAAAUAAAUCUUUUAGUCCUAGGCUUGCCAAGGACAUGUGAGUCUUGAAAUGAUGUUGACCACUGGUUGGUAACAAUGGCAAUCUAUAAAUUAGUUACUACCAUGGUUAUAAAAACAUUACAAUGUUUGACCUUAUCAGACUAUCAAUCGUUAUGUCUAAUGUUAACAAAUGUUGCCUAACUUUUGUAACGUCAUUUAUUUCAAAACAUCAAUUUUUCUAGUAAGUCAAAACAACAGCAUAAGAUAUGGCACUUUCCUGCUCAGGUGACAUGUUUUCGGAUAUCCGCCUUUUCCUUUCUUUCGUUAUUUACUUGUCCAUUCGCUCUGAUAAGAUUUCCUGUAUUUAUGUGUACACCGGUGCCUCGAACCACAUUCAUCCGCGCAGAGGAGCAGAGCCGAACCAUAACUAAAGCAAUGUUCUUCUGCAAGAUGCAUGCAGUUUUAUUUUAACCGCUAGAGGGCCAAAAGUUACAUAGUAUAGCUUUAAAAAUAGUUUUUCUGUAUUUUUAUUUAUGCAACAAAUAUUACAUAUUUUUAUUUGUAAUAAUGUCCUAGUACUCUAAACUGUGACUUUUAAAUGCAAUUAUUUUAUUUGUAUUGUUUAUGCUUUGGUUCUGUUUCUAAACAGAGGAAUAAAACACCUCCGUGUCA